GGUCAGCAGGAAGUCGAUACGUGGCCGCCGCCUGUGCCCGCCGAGGAGGCGCUCGGAGCGGAGAUGGCGGCGCAGCUGAACGUAGAGCAGCAGCUCGAGGUGUCGCUCGACGGCCUCACGCUGAGCCCGGACUCGGAGGAGCGGCCCGGCGCGGAGGGUGCCCCGCUGCUGCCGUCACCGUCCUCGCCACCCGGGACUGGACGGGCCCCAGGCGCCGCGGGGCAGCAGCCAGAGCCCAGGGAGGCGGCGGCGGCUGAGGGCGCGGCCGAGGAGGCGCGGCGGAUGGAGCAGCACUGGGGCUUCGGCCUGGAGGAGCUGUACGGCCUGGCGCUGCGCUUCUUCAAAAUAAAAGAUGGCAAGGCUUUUCAUCCAACUUAUGAAGAAAAACUGAAGUUUGUGGCACUGCACAAGCAGGUUCUCUUGGGCCCAUAUAACCCAGACACUUGCCCUGAGGUUGGAUUCUUUGAUGUGUUGGGGAAUGAUAGGAGGAGAGAAUGGGCAGCCCUGGGGAACACGUCCAAGGAGGACGCCAUGGUAGAGUUUGUGAAGCUUCUAAAUAGGUGUUGUCCUCUCUUUUCGGCCUAUGUUGCUUCCCACAGGAUAGAGAAGGAGGAAGAAGAGAAAAGAAGAAAGGCGGAGGAGGAGCGAAGGCAGCGUGAAGAGGAAGAACGAGAGCGUCUGCAAAAGGAAGAAGAGAGACGGAAGCGUGAAGAGGAGGAAAGGCUUAGACGGGAGGAAGAGGAGAGGAGGCGAAUAGAAGAAGAAAGGCUUCGACUGGAACAGCAAAAGCAGCAGAUAAUGGCAGCUUUAAACUCGCAGACUGCCGUGCAAUUCCAGCAGUAUGCAGCCCAGCAGUAUCCAGGGAACUACGAGCAGCAGCAGAUUCUCAUCCGCCAGCUGCAGGAGCAGCACUAUCAGCAGUACAUGCAACAGUUGUAUCAAGUUCAGCUUGCACAGCAACAGGCAGCAUUACAGAAGCAACAGGAAGUAGCAGUGGCUGGAGCUUCAUUGCCUGCAUCAUCAAAAGGGAAUGCAGCUGGAGCAGGUGAUAUGAUGUCAGUUAACGGACAGGCCAAAACCCACACUGUCAGUUCCGAGAAAGAAAUUGAGCCAGAAGUGGCAGAAGAAGCCUUGGAAAAUGGACCAAAAGAAUCUCUUCCAGUGAUUGCCGCUCCAUCCAUGUGGACAAGACCACAGAUCAAAGACUUCAAAGAGAAGAUUCGGCAGGAUGCAGAUUCUGUGAUUACAGUACGCCGAGGAGAAGUGGUCACUGUUCGAGUCCCCACUCAUGAAGAAGGAUCAUACCUCUUCUGGGAAUUUGCUACAGACAGUUAUGACAUUGGAUUUGGGGUUUAUUUUGAAUGGACAGACUCUCCAAAUGCUGCCGUCAGUGUGCAUGUCAGCGAGUCCAGUGACGACGAUGAGGAGGAAGAAGAAAAUGUUACUUCUGAAGAGAAAGCCAAAAAGAAUGCCAACAAGCCUCUACUGGAUGAGAUUGUGCCUGUGUACCGGCGGGACUGUCAUGAGGAAGUGUAUGCAGGCAGCCACCAGUAUCCAGGGAGGGGAGUCUAUCUCCUCAAGUUUGAUAACUCCUACUCUUUGUGGAGGUCCAAGUCAGUCUACUACAGAGUCUAUUAUACUAGAUAAAGCAGAUGUUACAGAGCCUGGAGUCUAAGGUUGGGCAGAAUAAGACAUUUAGUUUCUUUUGACUUUUGUGGCACAUUGGAGUCGGAGUUUACCCUCUUGAUCUUGUUGCGAUGGUUUAUGAACUCUUGCUGGGAACCAGGAUUUCCUGAGUCUCUUUAGCAUUGAUGCUGUGAGGUUAAAAGCAGCUCUGAAGACUCAUCUAGGCCUUGGGUGCUGACCAACAGAGCCUCUAGUGGAUACUGGAGGCGUGUGAGCUACGUGGUAAAUAUUCAGUCUCUAUAAUAAAUGGCCCAGCAUCGACUGGACCUGGCUGGUGGCUAGUCCUCUGCUGUCAGCUCUGCGUGUUCUCCCAGAGCCCACAGCUACAACUCUGUUGGGAUUGCUUCUCUUGUAGUCUACAUCAGCUUUGACCGAAUGAAGCUCAACAAUGUGCAACUUUAAAACUCAAGACUUCACAGAUUAUAGUAGAAAAAGAAAUGGCCUCCACUUGGUCUUACCUGAGUGACCCAGGUUGUUUUUGCUUUCUAUAUAGCUGUUUAGUUAGUUAUGUUACAGAGAAUUAUUUUCUGAGAAUCUUAAACUUAGAACGUUCAAACUGAGUAGAUGAUUGACAUGUAAAGACAGAUAAACACCUCAGUAUCCUUCUACCAGGUCCCUAAGACUCUCAGGCCUUUUCUUCCAUUUGCUAUUCACACUACUGGUAACACAACUAGUUAAUUUUGUUUUGGUACAGCAUUAUGAAACAUCUCAAAUUGAAAUUAUUUUCUGUAAGAGACAUACAGCCAGGAGUUUUAUGAACCCAAAUUGACACCUACUGAAUUAAAGUAUGCAAAAUCACUUUAAUGCAAUUCAGCAUUUGAGGAGUACCAUUGCAUUAAUAGAAAAUCACUGCCAGGGACAGUCCAAUUUUCUUUAUUUAUUAUUAGGGCACAAACUUCACAAUCCCAGUUUGGAAUUACACACUAGAGAAAAUGGAAAAUCCAUAGCCUGUGCUUAAAUGUUAGAGCUUUAAUCUGUGUUAUAUCUUACUGUGGGGAAAGGUACAUCUUUGGUUUUCUUAGGAAAAGAAGUCCACAUUAUUAUUUCCAAUUUGUAAAAGUGGUUAAGUACCCAGAGAGAAGGCGGUAUAGAUAGGUAGUGGCAAAGACAGUGUCUGCCUUGCGUCAUUUGUCACAAAAAAAACCCUUAGGUUUAAUUUUAACAUCACAGGCCACUUCCACCACGGAUCCGUUGGCUCGCUGCAGUGUGCACAGUUCACUACAUCCAGGCUAUUUGAGGUUCUCAUAUGCUGCAUUUUUUUGUUUUUAUUACCUGGUUUUAUAGAUAUUUAAUUCUGUUCUCUUUUGGUUGUUAAGAAACUGGAUUGUUUUCUCCUAACCAGUGCUUAAUCUGUGUUUUUGAAUUUUGAUUUGAAGUAGUCAAAUGUCUAUGCUGUUACAUCCAGAAUAUUCAUUAGACUGCCCCACAGCUCUUAUGUAUAUAUAGAAACCACAGAGUUAGGAUUUUUUUAAUGAAAAAGUACUGUAUUUAAAAUGUAAAAUAAACUUUUAAAAAGCAGGCACUAAUAUAUAUUUCCUUCAGCCUUUGAUUACAGUUUUGUCCUUGCACAUAUUAAGAUAAAUUAUCUUCUAAAAAUAUUGUUCUUGGGAGCAGUGUAUAUCCCUUUACAUAGCACUGUCUGUCACACGUUCAUAUCCGAACAGUUUUGGUUCUAAACUUUUUUUAUCGCCUUUGGCCGUUGAUUAGUACCGUAUAAGUGUGAUUUCAGAAGAUCUUGAAAGUAAUAUAUUUAAUCAAUUAAAAUGUUUAUCUGUAACUUGUUGAUGUUUCUAUUCCCUGAAGCAUUUAACUGUCUUUUUUCAUUGAGAUAAAAUAAGAAAUGGCUUAGAUGCUUUUUUUCUGUUUAACUAGUUGAAAAAUACCAAACUCUUUCUGAUUAGCUAGUUUUCCCUGUGAGUUAUAACAGAUUUUAAAUUGUCCAGGCUUGACAAGAUGUGUUGGAGUUUCAUCCUGCAGAUGACCAGGUUAUAAAGUUACUUUCCAGAGCUGCCCUGUGUGACCUUUGCUGUGGCAUGGGGUGACGGUCUAUUUUAUACUGACUCCUGGCGGUGUGUAACCUCUCAUUGGGACAGGUGGUUACAGAGCUUAAGAUCACACUGGAUGCAAGGUCCAGAGUUUGUUUUUAGUUUCUGUUUAUUGAUUUUUGUUUAAUUUUUCUUUUGAAAUUUGGAGAGACUGAAUGAGAUGAUUAUCUUGAUCCCUAUGCCAUGUGGUGUACCUUGAAGUCAAACCCAAGAACAGUUAAGAGGAGCUGUUGUGAUCUCAGCUUACUUUGGAGGCCAUGCUUCAGAGUCUUAACCACCAUCUUAUGGAAGAGGAGAAGCAGCUGCUCCAGAUAGUAAAUGAUUGUCAGUUAUUCACUGAAGAUUAGAAUGGGACGCUUCAGCUACCCAAACCAUCUUUGUUCAUUCUCAAGGUUUUUUAAUGCAAUCUCAGAUGUAUGCCCAUAUAUCUGUUAGGGGAAGAGCACAUUAUCAAUUCAUUUCUAUUCACCACCUUUUAAAAUGUCUAUGAAUUAGUAUUAGACAUUAGGAUGUUGCUGCAUGGCCCAGGCUGGCCUCAGACUUACUAUAGAACCCAUGCUACCUUGAAUUCUUAGUCCUCUUGCUUCUGCCCUGAGUGCUGAGACUGUAGAUGUGUGA